GGUGGUGCCCAGCGCCGGAGCGCCAACAGUGGCCAUUUGCUGUCCGCCCGCCCGCCCACCGACAAAGCACUGCUGGGGCGGCCAGCCGCGAGCCUUAACCACACGGAGUCGAGCUGGCUGCGCUGGGCAGGGCAAAAGAGCGUGGUCCGCCCGCCUUUUCAAGUCCAGCACUUCCGCCCCUCCGUUCGAGCCCAUCUUUGUUUCCAUUACCCAAGAGCUUACCUCACAACUACUGCGCGACCACCCACAGGCCCCAACCCUUUCUUCUUAUCAGACAUUAUCAAUCCCCCAUACACACCGUAUCCAUUCCCCGUCCCGGCGCUGCGGCUGCCCACUGCAAGCGCGUCUAAGCGACCAGAGCCUCUUGUCACCCUGACCGACCUGCCUUUGUCGCCUUUUCCCCAUCUCUUGGCGCCCAACGGCCCCUCUAUCAGGACGGAGGGGUGCGCUGGCCGCAGAUGGGAGAUAGUCUCGUAACAGAUAUGACGGCUCCCGUGGGCAAAGUAGAGGCUCAGCGUGACGGUUCGACCUCGUCUAUCGGAUCGUCGCCCGAGCCUGGCCUGGCCGAGCCAUAUCCCCAGGAAGAGCCCCAGCAGCAGAAGCGCAAAGGCGGCCGUAAACCUAUUUAUGCCACCUCGGAAGAGCGCAAGCAGCGGAACAGGCAGGCCCAGGCCGCCUUCCGUGAGCGAAGAACAGAGUACAUCAAGCAAUUGGAGAGCACCAUUAAGCAUCAUGAGGAUACUCUCCAGAACCUGCAAAAUAGUCACCGCAAUGCCGCUGACGAGUGCCUUAUGCUCCGGUAUAAGAAUUCUCUACUUGAGAGGAUUCUGCUAGAGAAAGGCAUCGACGUUCAGGCUGAGCUACGCGCAAAGACUGGCAGUCCAAAUCUCGGAGCCACCAGACCUCCACUAUCUGCACAUGCCUCGCCCAACCAGGCUCCUCUCCAGCAACGUGCCAUGUUGAAUAGACAGCAACAGAGGCGCUCGCUGCAAGGUCCGCCCAAGAUUGAUGCCUCCAAUGGCCUACCCAUGAUCCAACCUGAUGGUCCUAUUCAGCGAUCUCCCUUGACCCAGCCUACUCCGGGCUCCCAUCUUUCAUCUCCUGCUCAAUCAGCGACUCGCUCGCCCAAUUUCAUGCCCAAUGGUCAAUCAGUAUCCCCCAAUUUUGGACCUAUGCAUUCACAACAGCAACAGCAACCGCAACCGCAACAGCAACAGCAACAACAGCAGCAGCAGCCACAGCAGCAGCAACCACUUCGACCACAGCCACCUAGAUCAAACUUCACCCCUAUGAUGGGAGCUCAACGACCUUCGCUAGUAACAAACCAGCCUUCCUCAAAUGGCAUGUCAAAUGCUUCGACAGUCGGUAACAGCGGAAACGGUGUAACACCGAACAACGGUCCUUCCUCAUUCUACCAAACGCAGUUCACGGACCACAUGAGUCAACUGGAGCAGGAGUACGAGGAACAAGCAGACACCUACGACCACGACGAUCCGAGCGAUCACUCUGCCGGUCCCGGUCCAUUUCCACAACAAAAUUUCCCACCUUCAAACAAUAUGCCGCCGCCAAUGCCGCCUUCCCAGAACCCUCCUUUCACCAGCCCGGCCCCAUUAGCACCAAACGACGGCGGCCAAGUCUUCAAUGGCAUGAGCAACAACCACCUCUUCGACCCUUAUGAUCCAAUGCUCGACGCCGAUCCAUUCGGACUGUCCGCCAGCAUGCACUUUCCCACCAUGUACGAGAGCAGAUAAUGCUACGAGAACGAUACGAUAGUAAGAGAAGAUUAUUCCGGAUGUCUACUAGGGACCGUGUAAAAACUCACCUAUUCAUACCUUCUUGACGACGUUGUUUAGCGGGCGCAACAACUGCUUUUACCCAACCGACCAUGUGUCAUUACCGUACGACAGCGCUCGAUACGAAAGACCCGUCGCCUUGGGAUAGUGAUAUUUAAAAGUUUUCAUUCAAUCUGUGGCUGGACGCGACAGUUGUAUUUGUGACGGGAAGUUUUUUUUAGGCUCCGGCCAUGAGAAGUGGGCAUGCUUUACAAAGCAACCCAGUCUUCUACUGUGGCACUGCGGCC